AUGUUCGCUUUAAUUCCGUUAGCUUUGUUGCACACAGUCAAUGCAAUUGGAUAUACCCCUCUCGAAACGAACAGUCUAAUGAGAAAUGUGGUUGGCUAUGGUUCUACGUGUGAUGCUCAAGCAGAAAAUAAAAUUGCUCAGUGCUCGGAGGAGCUAACAAAUAUGGGAGUUUUCAGUGCACUUAGCGGAAAGCAAACUACCCUAUCAGAUAUGAAAACUCAUUCUCAGCUUCAUUUUGUGCAGAUGUGUGGAGCGUAUCAAAGGUACAAUAGUUGUCUUGGCGGAAGUUAUAUCAAGCAGGCCUGUUACCCUCAUGAACCUUUGAAAUCUCGUUUUUCGGUGGUAGAUUCUGUUCUCGAGUAUGUAUGUGGAGAAGGGUACCAAUCUAUGCUGAACAAUUGGAACUGUUAUUUAUCGGUGGCUGAUAGCAGAGAAAUCGCAAUGUGUGAAGCAAGUUUCACUCAAUUGGCAAAGAAUACCGAACAAAUGUACAAUGACUACUCAUCUGGAGCAGGAGCAUGCUUCGCACUUCAAUCGUACACCGACUGCAUCCGCCCUGCAAUUGAAACUACAUGUGGACUUGGUUCAUUCCUUACUGUGAUUCAAGCAGUCGAGCGACCCAUUCAAAUUUAUCUUCCAUUUUGUACACUAUCCUCGUCGAUGAUCUCUUUUGUUCCUUCGCUCAUUAUGUCAUUCGUAUUUUUCAUUCUAUAUUUCUAA